GUGUCCCUUCCCAUUGUUGAUAAGAUUAGUUUGGUGCUGUGCUAGAUAGUUUGUUGUGUGUCCCGUGCUACUGGUAGGACCUGUUCAGCACAGCCUGGCUGAGCCUGCUAGUUCCUCGGCUGUUUUACACCCCCCUCCUUCUUCUCCCUCCCCCCCUCUUCCCCCUUUCACUGGUGUUGGGCUGUAAAGGGAGUGGGCCUCCAUCAUGUCAGCAGCACAGGCUGGCAUGAGGAGGCACCAUGCAGUGCGCCUCCUUCUAAAGGAGAAGGGAGGAAAAAUAAUGGAGUUAUCCCGAUUGGAUUUCUCCAGAAAAUUCCUCCAGAAAGAGCUCGGCUUUCAUCCCGCGCAGGUAAACUGCAUCUUAGCCCUCCCCUAUAGGAAGGGCUUCGAUGUCAGUUUUGCCAACGCCAGCUUCCUGAGGGAGUUCUGGGGGAAACUCCAGAACGCCCUGAACACCCAGGGGUCCCUCACAGCAAUGUUUGAGGUGACCAAGCUGACGGAUAAUAGCAUUAUAACCGUUAUUAUCCGCAUGUACAAUGAAACCGUACAGCCGGAGGACGUUGCAGUAUGGCUGGACAGGUACUGCAACGUGAAGGGCCCCCUGAUCCAGGUAAAAGACCUCGAUGGGAUCUGGACAGGGGCCUGGAGGGUCACUGUCCAGCAAAGGGAGGACCCUGGGGGCUAUGGUGGGUUGAAAGCCAUCCCAUCCACCAUAGUCCUCGGAGAGAACAGGGGCCAUGUUCACUACCAGGACCAGCCCAAGCUGUGCCGUAAGUGUGGUGAACAUGGCCACCUUGCAGACGCCUGUCAGAAGGUCGUCUGCAUGAAGUGCCGGGAGGUGGGCCACCGCUACGAGGAGUGCACGAACGGAAGGUCGUGCAACCUCUGUGGCGAACGGUCCCACCUCAUCCGCGACUGCCCCUCCUCCUGGGCCAACAGGGCCAAGGCGGGAAGGAGGGAGUGGGCGGCCGCGGACCGGGCUUCCGAGCGCCAGAGGGCUGGAACGGCAGUUGCCGAGGUGGUAGUGGAGGAGCCGGUGGUGGUGGAGGAGGAGGCAGUAGUGGUGGUGGAGGAGAUAGUUGUGGAGCCGGUGGUGGUGGAGGAGAUAGUUGUGGAGCCGGUGGUGGUGGUGGCUGUAGUGGAGGGCGCGGAAGGUGUAGUGGUGGAAGAAGUGGGAGGAGAGGACAAAACCCUCCCCACCCCAAUCCCCCUGCCCCAGACUAAUGUGACCCCUGAAGGAGAAAGGGCCGAGAAAGACGGCUCCGGAGAGAUGUUCAGUAAAAGCUCCCCAAGUGGGUCAGAUAUUAUAGGGUCGGUGUCGGAAAGCACCAUGGAGACUGUGUCAGAAGGUACGGGAGAGGAGGGGGAGAUUCUGAAGGAACACCUCCCCCUACGUAAAAGAAACGCUGAGGAGCUCUCUGACCCCGAACAGGGAAAUGGGAGGAUAAGUGGCAGCACGGGCCCUCCAUUUGGAGUGGUUCCAAUUUUAACAAGAACGACGGUGUUGCCAUUUUAAUCAAGACCCCACAGGUGGUGGUGAAGGGGAGCACGGUGGUGGUAGGAGCGGGAACCAGUAUGUCCAGUGCGCGGGCUCGCUAUAGGUGAGCCCACAACGGUUUGGCGCAACGUGGCCCAUCCUGCUCUACUGAAUCGGCAUCGGGACCUGUCCUGGAUGGUCGCCCACGAGAUCCUCCCGGUCAGGGCCGUUAUGCACUCACGGGGCAUGGCGAGGACAUCCGCGUGCCCCCGAACAGGCUGCGGCCAAGAAGAAUCGGUGAGGCACAUGCUCUGGGAGUGCAGAGCCGCCAGGGACCUGUGGAAGGAAGCAGGCCCCCUGAUUACCUCGUGUCUGCCAGCAGGGGAGGACCUAACACCUCAGCUCGUGCUAUAUGGGGUGGGCCGAAGGCCCACUUCAUCGAAGACCUUCACCAAGCUCUGGCCCACCCUCACGUGCCUGAAGGAAGCACUGUGGUCCUCCCGCAACCUGCUGGUAGCGAAAAACGUAGAGACCACCCCCCAGGCAGUGGCCAUGGUAGCCACGGAAGCCCUGGGGUGGUACGAAAGGAAGGGGGCCUCGACCCCAGGCGAAGGGUCCCCCACAACACCCUAGGUCCCGGCGGCCACGGCCUGACAGCGCUGCGGCGCCUAGGGCGAUGCGCCUAGGGGAGGGAUCUCCUCUGGGCCCCAAAGGAUGGGACGAUGGUCUAUUCAGAGGAGCAGGAUGAGGUGAGCUUGAUAAAGACUCACCCCGCUCCUGUACAAAGGACUGAAGACAGCUUUUUAACAAAGUGGCUUUUUAACAUGUUUUUCAUGUCUUAAAAAUGUUUUACCUUUUUAGAUCAUUAGUACACAUUUUAAAUGGCUUCUACAGAUUUGAUAUUUUUACAAGGAAAGUACUUUUACUCAUGGUUGUUUUAACUAAUUGAUUUUAACAACAUGUACUUUUUAACAAAUUCAAAUGUAACUCUCAAAUGCUGUGUUUUAUGCCUUGUUGCCGUUUUUAUGUGUGUAAAUGAUGUAAAAAAUGUAUGAGCUGUUUUUAAAGGAAUUGUGCCAAUAAAACUUUUCCAAAAGAAAAAAAA